CUUAAAUGCCCGCUACCACGGUCCACUAUUAUCUUUACUCUCUUUCAUUCACAUCACAACUCAGGCACCCGGAUCUACCACCAACCUGACCUUCGACAUCAUUGAACCAAAUGAGUCGCAUGAAUACUUGCGAAUUUCGCCCGUUUAAGAGGCUGCCUCCGGAGAUCAGAUACGAAAUUUGGCUCACAGCCUUGACAGCCUGGUCUGUUACGGUAUAUGCGACCGCACCAAGCGUCGCUGGCAGCGCGUUACGCCCUAUCUAUUGGAACGCAUCUGCUGUUGGUUUAGUCUGUUACGAAGCAUGGUCUAUCAUGAAGAAGGUCUGCACUAAACUAUAUCAGAUAUCGAGAGUAGAUCGUUACGUCUGGGUGCAUUUUGACACCACCGUUUUCUUUCUGGGUGCCGCGGCGGAAGCGCGUAACACUAUCGCGACGUUCGAUAUGCCGCUCUGUCGUGGAUUGGCCCACGCGGCUAUUGUGUGGACCUCGUGGGCGGAUGUCGUAGGAUUCUUCAAGCAUGUUUCUCAGAACUGUUCUUCAUUAGUCUCCAUCCUCAUAUUCGAUGCUGGCAAGCCUUACAUACCGGAGAUACCGCCUUUGAAACGAGAUAGUCCGGAUCAGAUGGUUGCCGCGUGUAAAGGUGUCGGUAGGAACUACGAACCAUGGUGGGUAGACGUGCCUGUCCUAACCGAAGACCUGCAAUCAUGGUUUAAGCCUUGGCCGAGGCAACCAUCCAUCAUAUUCUUGCCGCUCUGACGAUCAUGUUGGCCCGUUCUAAGACCAAUACUUGGUCCGCCCCAACACUAUGAACUUCUCCGGCGAUUAUCCAUUCUGGUAUAGUUCUUGCUGUAGGCCUCACCACAUAUUCGCGACCAGGCGCUUCCAUGAAGCCAAUGACAUUGCUGCCAGGGGUAUAUGAGAAAUAUAAAGGACCUAUGUAUUCUUCACUUAUGUUAUGCAUAAGAUAUCAGAUUUCCAAGACCUA